GUUUGCUUAGUCAUCUACCAGUGUUGUCACAACUGCCUUCAAUUUGACAUGAGCCGAUUCAAACUGCAGAUAGCUAAAAUCUGGUAAACAGAAAAAGCUGGUGUUGAGAUAGUAAGAAAAAUCAACAAUCAAAUCCUAUACUUUCACACCCAUCAUGUCCACCGAAGAAACCAAGGCAUCCAUCGUGGACCGCGUCAGGGCUUGGGGAUCCUCUUCCCUCCCCGGCAUGGGCCUAGCAACCCUCAUCACUGCCCUCCACUGGCGCCCCUUCCAGGCCAUGCCCAUGCUCCUCACUCCUCUCCUCAUGUUCUCGAGCUACCUCAGCGUAGCUGGCUUCAAGAUCGACAGCGCCGGCAUGACGGCCGCCUGGAGCGGCAUCUACUUCCUCCUCGCUGCCCGCCGCCGUCCCGCCGCGCUCAAGAACAAGUUUUCGGCUCGCGGCGCGGUGCGGGCUACGGCCAUGGGUCUGAGCGCGGCCAACGUGAUUGCGGGCACAUACACCUAUGUGACGGGUGAUCGCAAGGCCGAGGAGCAGGAGAGGAAGGAGAUGGACAAGUGGGGCAUGUACAGCGAUAGCGAAUGAAGAAUCCUCAGGCUUAGGGACGGCUGAGAUGGUGCGGAGCAGUGCGGAGCAAUGCGUUCGCUGUGGUUGAGGAGAAUCUGCCUGCCAUACAGGAGCGAGUGUGCUCUGACGUGCUAUAGUGGACAGCCCGACGAUAUUCUACAAGUAACUGCACAUCCAGAAGUUGCUGGAAGGUGAGGGACUAGACGGGUUUGUUGUUUUGCAGGUUUUCUUUUGGCGGGAGAAGUUGUGUGUCUGUAACAUACUAAACCAUGAAGAGCAAACAUUUUGGCGGCGUCAAAGGGUGGGAUAUGGCAGACAGGGAAUACUCGGGAAUGCGCCAAGUCACACUUCUGAAUGAGUUCGCUUUGAGCAGUAGACGCCAAAUGGGUGCUGGAUUUCCUGCUCACUCUUCUGGGAGCUGGAAGCUUGAAUAGCGUAUAACUAAAUGCAAAAACCAUAAACAUGUUUUGACUAUGAACA